AGAGAGAUGGUGGGGGGCGAUUUUCACAGACUCGGAACAGAAGCCAGCCUCUGUCCAUCGCCGUUGCUGGCUGCGCCGUCCCUUUACGCGGAGAGCAUUACGCGUCACUGGACUAUAGAGCAAGGACCCCGACACCGUACCUAAAAUUCUUUUAGGAAACCCGUAUCACCCAUCCCUUUCCGGACUGCUUUGGACCUAAAGGUUUUCCGAGAAGUCUGGACAACUACUCUUCUUCCGCUCCCCCUUUUUUUUACCCUUGGAUCUAUAGCUCCCGAAAAGCGCGCUCUUGUGCUUUAAAAUGCAAGUCGGACGCAAAUCGUGUUGGAGGCAAUUGCAGGCUUCUUUUUUCAGACUGCUGUGUCUUAUCCCCACAGGAUUCCCCGUCCGGAGCGUGGAUAUGCAGCGGGCCACCGACAACAUCACCAUCCGCCAGGGCGACACAGCGAUUAUAAGGUGUUAUGUUGAUGAUAAAGUGUCCAAGGUGGCCUGGCUCAAUCGAUCCAACAUCAUCUUUGCCGGCCAGGACAAGUGGUCCCUGGACCCCAGAGUAGAUCUGGUCACUAAAGGACAGCUGGAGUACAGCCUGCGCAUACAAAAGGUGGACGUGUAUGACGAGGGGUCAUACACCUGCUCCAUUCAGACUAAGCAGCAGCCCAAGACCUCACAGGUCUACCUCAUUGUACAAGUUCCAGCCAACAUCUACAAGGUGUCAGAAGACAUCACAGUGAAUGAGGGCAGUAACGUGACACUCAGUUGUUUGGCCAGUGGCAGGCCGGACCCUGCAAUCACCUGGCGUCUGCUCAACCCCUCAGCAGAGCCAUUGGACGGAGAAGAGUACCUGGACAUUAUAGGUAUCAUGCGAAACCAAGCGGGUCGUUAUGAAUGCAAGGCCAGCAACGACGUCGCCACACCUGAUGUCAAAUAUGUCAAUGUGGUUGUCAACUACCCUCCAACAAUAAAGAAAACCCAGAGCUCAGAGACUCAGGUGGGCCGCAUGGGGACACUGCAGUGUGACGCUACCGCUGUGCCCACACCAGAGUUUGAAUGGUACAGAGACGAAAAAAGGCUGUCCAAUGCUCAGGGCAUCAAUAUCCAAAUUCUUGGCACGACCACUAUUCUCAUGAUUGCCAACGUCACCGAAGAGGAUUAUGGGAACUAUACCUGUGUGGCCUCGAACCGACUGGGCAUCCAGAAUGCCAGUCUUUUCCUCUAUAGACCCGGGACAGGUCGAGAUAUCAACGGCUCUGCCUGUGUAUCUCAAUCACUGUGGCUCCUGCUGGCCUGCUUCGCCUGCCUUUUCUUCAAGUGUUAAUACUGCUGUCCUCCUCUUCCUCUUCUUCCCCCUCCUGGCCUUCCCUCCUUCUCCUUCUCCUUCUCUCCAACUCACCGACAUCCUUAUUGCUACCUUAUUACCAACUUUACCACCCCCCAGACUGUUUGCAUCAUGAUACGAAAACCUUAUGUGCUCUCGAGCACUGCUUACUGAUAUUAUGAAAAGCAAUGGGUUAUGAGUAAAAUGUUAUAAGAACAACAAAAAAAAACAGUGAAAUGAAGGACAGAACAAGCAAACAGUGCUCCCUUAAAGAAUUGCAUUGUUCUUUUUAAUUCAUAUGCAUUUCUUUGUUUCUGCUAUAUCUUGUCUUCGGGGUCUGGAUCUGGUUUGGGAUUUGUUAUAUUUUUGUCUUCAUGGGAAUGAAAGCAGAGGCACCCCACUCACAGGGAUGCCAACAAUCAUUUGUCUCUAGAAGUACUGAAGACAUAAGGUAUAUUUAUUCUUACUCCCAUAGAUGCAUUAUGUUAACUUCAGUUGUAGAUUUAACCAAGUGUUUAACCAGUGCGUUAAUGAGCAACAUGCAAAGUAUCUGCCAAAUAUCCAUAAACUAUAUAGAUUUGAAACUAACACAUGCAGAAAUCAAAGGGAAAAUACUGAAGCUGAUUCUGUAAUGAGAUUAGAGCUUGAUAUUAAAGUCUGUACUACCAUAAUCUGAUGCUUCUAGACUGAAACAAAGAUAUAGAGCAUUAGCCGGAUAUCUCUCCAAUCAAUGACAUUGUUUCUAGAUGCAGCAGUCACUUGGGUUGUUGCCGUCCAGCCCAGAAAUCGAGGAUACAGUGAAUAGAAUCAACUCGGUCCUACUGAGCUAAACCAUGCGGAGUACAAGCCUGAAGGAAUUAGUUUAUCUGGUGAUGGAUAUCUACAUCUUCAUCCAGUGGCUUUGCAACCACUCGCCUUUAUUCCAAAAGAAUUCCUCUUUUCUUUUGCAGCAGGAAGGGAAACACAGUAGGUUAUAAUGAUACGUACUGUACAUAGUAAAAUUUUGUAUUUCUCUAUGAUAAGACAACUUGUUCUGCCACUGUAACAACAGGAAACAGAGAAAAUUGUUGCAGUUUAUGUUGCUUGUUUGACGACCAACCAACCAUACUGUGCAGUUUGUCUCUGCUCCACAGCAGGCUGCACCACAUUUAGCUACAUACAGUAUACUGUACCACAUACAGUGUUUGCUUUUAGUUUAUAAGUUUUAGGAUCAUUCUUCUAUACUGCUGGAAUUUGGAUAAAAAUGUAUGACACCAAUGAAUGACUUUCUUUUUAGUUUUUCUCUUUCAAAGAAGUAUGUGUGUUUUAAUAUGAAAUGAUACAGAAAAAUUCAUAAUAUAUUGAUAUUGAGGUUAUUUUUUUCUGUCUUUACCUCAUUCAUUUUAGUUGCGUGUGUAUAUAUAUACUUGAAUCCAAUGUCCUUAUACUAUAUGAAAAGGCAAAUUUUAUGUGUCCAUGUUUCUGAAUAGGGUAGCUACGUGUUGAGACUGAAUAACUCGUAGAUCUCUUGAACUGGCAACCCUGCUCUAUCAUGUGAACCGAAGCCCAUUAGACAACAAUGAUUUUAAAAAAAGGUCUAGCAAAAAAAGAAGAUAGUUUUGUGCAGUUGUCAUUGUACCUAUCCUUGAGAUGAUACAAGUGCUGGCUUACAUGCUUACAUUAUAGGGAAUGGAAUAUUAUGUUUAGCUUGUAAUGCUCUUCCGUUUACCAGGAAUUCAAUAUGAGAGCAGCAAACAAAUGAAUACUGAAUGCUUAUUGCCCCUAAUGGCCAUCAAGGCUGAUAGGCCUCUUUAACAAAAUAUUAGCAUUAUAUUACAAGUCCUGCAGCAAAUGUUCUCAUCACACCUCGACAAAAGAUCACUGAAUUUAUUUCCUUAUGAACAAAACAGUUAAAUGAAUACUACAUGUGUAAAACUCACAAAAGGAAGUUCUUUCAAACAGUGCAACUCUUUCAGGAAACAACUCAGAAGUCAUUGCUGUUGUGACAAGAAUUGCUGAAACUGGUGCACUAUUAGCUGCCUUUUUUGCCAUUUAUUUUGACCUACUGUAAGGUGACUAAUAGUGUAUGGACUCGAGCGGUCAGCUCAGCUCCUCGACUGGAUGUGUGUUCACGUCUCCGCUCUUCUAACAACCAAGCCGAGAUAGUACUAGUACUGUAAAACACACAGUGUAAUUAAUGUCAUCCUUGUCAUACAUUAAAGAAAUUGUUCCCAGUGUUUUCAUCGUAAAUGCUUCUGAGGCCAUGGCUGUGUGACUUUGUAGUGUUGGUGAUGCCAUCUGAUCCAGUCUUAUUUUCAUGUGGGUGAAGUGGUAGAAGUACAGCUGUGCAGAGACUGAAACAGGCCACAAUUUCAAUAAUAGCCGAAGCAUUUAAACAGUUAAAACAACAUUUCUAUCAUCUCUAUCAGUCACAACACAAAGAAUAUCUUACAAUCAGAUUUCUCAGUCUAGGAAGUGAUAAGAAAGCUGCUUGUUUUUAUGCUUUCAUCAUCUUAUAUAAAGGCUUUUUUAUUUAUUUUCUGCAACUGAACAACUCUGGUGUAUCCACUUUAACAUGGAUUAACUUGACUCCUGGUGUUUUUCUACUACACUGGUAUUUCUGCAGACUCUCUUACCGCUUUUUAGCCUCUGGCUAGCCCAUAUUUGAGGAUGCUAGUUUAUCAACAACAGUUAUCUUCUUAUUGUAGUAAGAAGUGAAUGAUCCAGAGGCUGCAGUGAAAUAGUUCUUCAUGAUCAGUUUGCAUGAGAGUGAUCUGUGCUACAUGUCUAUUUCAGCAAGUCCGUCUGUCUCAAUAUGUGUCACAUAAAAAAAAACCCUCAGGGCAGAGCAAGGCUGGCCUUGGGCAGACUCUCAAACAAACUAAAAUGUGUUGGGUUUUUUUGCUGGAGGAGACCCUGACAGACUAUAAGAGCAGGGUCAAAUAUCUCCAAAUUGUGCUCAGCAUUCCUUUUAACCUGCUUGGAAUGCAUGAUGGGUAGAGUUCACUGCAUCCAGGCAAAUAGUGUGAGGAAUCUUAUUUUAAAGGAUGCUACAGUAAACUGACUGUCAUUGUCUUAACUUUCUACCAUUCAGGUGAUUUUCAUGUAAACCUCACCAAUGUGCAUGUCCAAGUGUGUCCAUGCAGGUUAAAACCAGCCAAUAAGCACUGAGUGAUACUAAGACCACUUAUGUAAAAGCCAUGGAGCUCUGUCUUAUCCAUAAAGCAGCAAGGAAUACUGUCCUUCCAUUGCUCGUACUGUAGAGACCAACAGCCAGCCUAUGGACACAGCACCAACCCCCCGUAGACAGACCUGGAUAUCUACUGAAGACUGUAGAUACAGCUAUCUAGUUUACUAUUGAGCAUUGCCUCAAAACAUCGCCAUUGCUUCACUGUUGGCUUAUGUACGUGCGCGUGUGUACUCUGAUUCUGAUUCUGUUCAUUAUUAACCUACCUGAGAAGUUAACAUGAGGCAUGAGACACAUGACAAGUUGGCCAAACAGCUAACUUUCUACUUUUUUGUUGAUGGUUACAGUGGUAACUCUCUAUUUUAAGUUUAAAUUAUUUUUUCCCGCCUCUGUGUGUAUAUACAGUAUGAUGUUUCUACAGUAGAAUGUUGUAAAGUCAGCAAAUCCAUAAGAUCGUGUUUAUACAACUCAACAUUUAAAAAUUUAAACAGCAAAUGUAACUAUCACGUUUGUACGUCCCUUCCCUUUGUCAUGGGAAACUAAGAUUCAAUCAUGGAUUAUGACACAGCAAUGUCCCGUUUUUACUUUACUUUAUUAUGGCAUAAGGUGAUUGCAGUCGGUUUCUAAAAAAAUUAUAUGUAAUAAAGGUAUAUGAGAAAAGUUCAUAACACAAAAUAAAGUUGUUUGAAUUCAAUGUUCUGUAUUUGAAUGUGACUUGAGAUGUCGGGGAGAGUAACCUCUUUUUUUUUUGGAGAUAGCUUGGAACACACGGAAUCUUAAUGGUACUGUUGUGUUUAUCACCAUGUAACAUGCAAAUAAAAUAAUAUAUGUAUUGUUGUA